AUGUCGUUUACUAGAAAAAGCGUCCGUAUUAAUAAUGAGAAUGAAAUGCCUAUAGAUCUAUAUGCCUCUCGUCCUGGAAAGCGUCCGAUUGGGAGAGAUGUACAUGACGGUGAAAAUGCCGAAAAACGUCCGAGGCACGCGAAGUCACAAACUCAUACGACGAGUGUUGGAAUCCCUCGACGAGCUGCUUUAGGCGAUGUGACCAAUCGACGCUCUGCUUUAGGUGAUGUGACUAACAGGACUAAUAUUAAGAAGGCUACAGUGAGCACCAUGAGCUCGUCCAUUGUCAACGCUGGAGUGCUGGCUAAGAAGAAGGUUAUUGCAAGCAAACGCAACCUUAGUAAUGUCGACGCUAGCAGUCGCAACCUAAACCUUAACAACGCGAACGCUAGCAAAAGGAACUUUAACAACGUGACUCUUGGCAGCCGUCAUACUAGCUCUGUGUCUAGUAGCACUGCAAUGCUAAGCAGCCGCGGCUCGUCGUCGAUCAGUGGUCGGAUGAGUCGUCCGCUUCCAUCCACUACACCUUCCGUCAACACCGCUGGAUCCAUGAGGCUAAUGGACAAAAUCUCACCAAUGCUAGAUGUUAUGGCGCCAAUACCGGAAGACGAUAAGUACGACAUUGACGGGGAAGACAAGAAUGAUCCGACUACGUGCUGGCAAUACGCCGAGGACAUCACGAAAUAUCACCUGGAAGUGGAGAAGAAAAGCCAACCCAGCAGCUCUUAUAUGACCCGUCAAUCAGAUAUUAACCCGAAGAUGCGCUCUAUUCUCGUAGAUUGGCUAGUCGAUGUACAUUACAAAUAUGGAUUGCUACCGCAGACGUUACACAUUGCUAUACUUCUUAUCGAUCACUACUUGGAGAAGGACUUGACGAUCAAGCGUCAGCGCCUUCAACUUGUUGGCAUUUCGGCGAUGUUUAUUGCCGCAAAGUACGAGGAGAUCUAUCCUCCAGAAGCUACAGACUUUGUUAAGAUCACAGACAACGCAUAUACGCGUGAUGAAGUUUUUCAGAUGGAAUCGAAUAUGCUGGCAACAGUCGGCUACCGAGUGACAUUCCCGACUGCUUACCAGUUCAUGAAGCGGUUUCUCAAGGCAUCCCGUACGUGUGAUGAUCGCGUGGAGCAUUUUGCCCAUUAUGCAAUUGAUCGCAGCCUACAGGAGUACAAGUUGACAAAGUACUUACCUUCGACGAUUGCAGCGUCGGCAGUUCGCAUUGCUCGGACACAGAUGCGGGAUUUUCCAGCCUGGUCGUCGACUUUGGAAUACCACUCAUCGUACAGUGAGCGCAGCUUGGAUCUAUGUGUUGAAGAUAUGACAGAAAUGCUGUGGAACACAUAUAAGGGAGUGGGCAGGAUGGCCAAGCUCACUGCUGCGCGACGCAAGUUCAGCAAAGAACGCUUUAUGAGAGUGGCUGCUGAACCGCUUGAAUUAGGCAAAAGCGCUUAA